GCUCCCAAAACUUGCAAAAUUAAAACUUUGGCAAUGGUAGAUGAUAAACCCUACAAAAAUCACUAGUUUUCAAUUGAAGAGAGGGAAAAUUCAGGCAAAAAUGGCUGAACCCAGAAAGCAAAUCUUAGUUUCAACCCUCUGUAAACGCCUUUCUUUAAAUCCUAAAGAUUUUUCUGGGGAUCUUGAGAAAUGUGAUGUUAAGAGCUUGUGCACUAAUAUUUUGAAGUCAUCACCAAAUGGGUCUUCACUUCUGAACAAUGAUGAGGGAAUGAAAUGGAUAGAAUUUGCUGAGAAUUUUCCUGUGGAUUCUGCUGCUUGCAUUGGGGCCAUCAAUGGCCUGAAUGAUGAGCUGCUUCUGAAGUCUGUUUUGUUAGGCAAUGGCUUGAAAUUAUCUGAAGCUGACGUGAUUGUGUAUUCAGUGAUCCAUCCCUGUGUGGUUAACAUGUCAAAAUCAGACAGGCAGAAGUUCCCAAAUGUCUUAAGAUGGAUGGAUUUUUUUCAGAACAAGGAGGAUUUCGGAGAUAUACUUGAGAAUAUAUCUAUAGAGAAGCUCAUAUUUCGACCUCCAGCAUCUAAGAAUGUGCCUUUGGCGGAAGUCAACUCAAGUGAAAAAGAUGCUGCCAAAGACACAAAAUCUGAUGUGAAUUUAAAAAAGGUUACUCUUAAAGGGAGAAACACUGUUGAUGCUUCUGAAGCAAACAAGGGAUCAAAGAAAGAUUCUACUCAGAAAAAAGCUAAGGGUGAUAAAGCGACUGUGGAGCAGAAAAAACCAGAAGCAGAGGCAGCCCCUAAAGAUGAAGUUCCAGUCAGUUUGCUCAAUAUACAAGUAGGUCUUAUUCGCAAAGCAUGGAAACAUCCUUCAGCUGACAGUUUACUGGUUGAGGAGAUUGAUGUUGGAGAGUCCAAAGUGCGGCAGGUAGUCAGUGGUCUGGCAAAGUUUUGCAGUCCAGAUGAUUUAGUGAAUCGGCGUGUGGCAUUAAUUACUAAUGUAAAACCUGGAAAAUUAAGAGACGUUGUAUCUGAAGGAUUAGUUCUUUGUGCAUCAAGUGAAGAUCAUAGUGUUGUUGAGCCUUUGCUUCCUCCAGAAGGAGCUGUAGUUGGGGAGCGUGUUUCCUUUUCAGGGCAUGAAGGAAAGCCAGAAGAUGUUCUCAACCCUAAGAAGAAACAACUGGACAAGAUUACACCGCAUCUAUACACCGACGAAAAUGGAAUUGCCACAUACAAAGGAAUACCGUUUAUGACUUCUGGUGGUCCAUGCACAUCUUCAAUCAAGAAAGGAAGCAUCAAAUGAUUAUGAUCUGGAGAACAAUUGUUAUGACUUUGUGAGUUACGGAGUAAUUAGUGUAAAAACUACAUACCUAAAAUGUCACAUUGUUCUUUCAUAUUUGCAAGUUUUUAGGGAAGUUGUAGGUUCACGUAUCAUAAUUUUAACAUACCAUUGUCAUGAAAUUUUGCAAAUUUUGGAAAAUCAUUUCUCAUUGCGAUGAGCUUUUCACAUUUGAUCUCUUAUGAAGAGACACUGUCAUUUUGACUGAA